AUGGGCAAGCUCACCAGCACGAUCGGCAUCCCAAUUAAGCUCCUCAACGAAGCGCAGGGCCAUGUCGUGACGCUCGAGAUCACAUCCGGUGUUGUUUACCGGGGGAAGCUUUUGGAAGCCGAGGACAACAUGAACGUCCAGCUCAAGGAUAUCACUGUCACCGCUCGCGACGGUCGUGUCUCGCAUCUCGACCAGGUGUACAUCCGCGGCAGUCAUGUGCGAUUCUUCAUCGUGCCAGACAUGCUGAGAAACGCUCCCAUGUUCCGUUCACGAGGCCAGCGCGGGCGCGGUGUCGGUUUGGCGCGUGGUAAGGCCACAGUGCAGCGUGCGCGCGGCCAGCGCCGGGGUUAA